AUGUCACAGAGUUGGAACCAACACCAUCAGGUGGAUCAUGUGGGUGGUAGCGGCUCGGUGAGUGGAGCAGGGGGUCAACAACCGCAAGGUAAACAACAUUCGGACCAAGGCCAACAAGGGCAGUUAGCGGUAGGGGGCGGUGGUUUGUUAGGUAAGAGGAGAUCUGAUGGGAUGAAGGGUCAUUAUACACUUCCAUCUAUUUCUGCCGGGUUGCCUGGUAGUGGGGAGCAUCAGCAUCAACAACAUGAUGGUAGUCGGUUACCUCCUAUGCAGAAUACUUUAGCGGCAGCGGCAAGUGCUCCUCCUGGAGGAGGGGGAGGGGGUGGUGGUGGGGUAUCUAAUGGGUUUUCUAUGAGCAGUUUAGAUAAUCCGUUACCUCAGCAGGAAUUCCAGGAGCAAUCGCAGCAUCAACAGCAGCAGCACCACCACCACCAACUGGACCAGCUGCAGUCUCCGGCACAUCAGGAUGGAUCAUCUUACAGGCCUUUGAAUGUAAAGGACGCGUUGUCGUAUCUUGAGCAGGUCAAAUUUCAAUUCAAUAGUAGGCCGGACGUGUACAAUCACUUUUUGGAUAUUAUGAAAGACUUUAAAUCUCAGGCGAUCGACACACCGGGUGUAAUUGAACGUGUUUCUACGUUAUUCCAGGGAUACCCAACUUUAAUUCAGGGCUUUAAUACUUUUUUGCCACAGGGAUAUAAUAUUGAAUGUUCUUCAGAUCCGAACGAUCCCAUUAAGGUUACUACGCCGUUUGGCACUACAGGCGAAGUUGCUAUAGGCGGCGGCGGCGGUAGUGGUGUUUGUGGUCACGUGGUGCCGCGCGCAGAGCCGCUGCAACAGCAGCUGCGUCAACAUCAACAACCUGCAACAGUAGCAGAGGCGGCGGCAGCUGCGGCGGCAGCUGCAGGAGGAGGCGGCGGAGGAGCAAUUGCUGGUGGUGGUCCACCUCCUCAGGCUCAAACUCUAGUGGUGUAUCAGUCGACUGACGGCUCCCCCACGAUGCCACAACGGCAGCCGCAGGAUCAGUUCGGUACUGGUGGUAAGAAAACGGGAGAUGUGGAGUUUUCGCACGCUAUUAGCUACGUAAACAAGAUCAAAACGAGGUUUGCUGACCAACCAGACAUUUACAAACACUUCUUGGAGAUUUUACAAACCUACCAAAGAGAACAGAAACCAAUAAACGAAGUGUAUGCCCAAGUCACAGUACUAUUUCAAAAUGCUCCAGACCUGUUAGAUGACUUUAAGAAGUUUUUGCCAGACGCGUCGGCUCCACAAGCACAACAACAACACCUUGCACAAUCGCAUCCUCAGUUAAACGGCGCCCUAACGCCCUCAAGCUUCUAUCAUUCCCAGCAACAACAAGGUCCGCAACCGCAGCAAGAUCAGUCGCAGUCGCAGCAUCCAGUACAGCAGCAGCAGCAGCAGCAGCAGCAACAGCAACAACAAACGGUUAUACAUCAACAAAACCUACCUCCACUGGGAAGUUUCUCAACUCCAGGCGAUCAUCAUCCAAUGAACUUGCCAUUGGUGCAAGCACCGAAUAUGAAUCUGAACCAGGGUCAUCCUGCACAUAUAAUUACACAGGGUAUGUCUAAUCAAAAGAUUCCAAUUUCUGAUUUGAGAACUACUGCGGAUACAUCAUAUAGGCCUGCGGAGUAUAGUCAGGGUCAAGAUACGCAAUACAUGGAGACAAAUGCUAGACCAGAGAUUGACUUGGAUCCUAGUCUUGUUCCUGUUAUCCCAGAACCUAUUAAACCAUUGGAAGAUGAGUUGAAUUUGGUUGAAGAGGCCUCCUUUUUUGAUAAAGCCAAAAAAUAUAUCGGCAACAAACAAAUUUACACCGAAUUUUUAAAAAUACUCAACUUAUAUUCACAAGAUCUAUUAGAUAAAGAGAGAUUGGUGGAAAAAGUAGGUCAUUACCUAUCUGGUUGUCCUGAAUUAUUCGAUUGGUUUAAGAGCUUUGUUGGUUAUCAAGAAAAGCCCAAACACAUUGAAAAUAUUGUUCAUGAAAAGCACAGGCUAGAUUUGGAUUUGUGCGAAGCUUGUGGACCAAGUUAUAAACGCCUCCCAAAGGCAGACACUUUUAUGCCGUGUUCAGGUAGAGAUGAAAUGUGUUGGGAAGUGCUUAAUGAUGAAUGGGUAGGUCACCCUGUGUGGGCAUCCGAGGACUCUGGAUUUAUUGCUCAUAGGAAGAAUCAGUACGAGGAUACUUUGUUCAAAAUUGAGGAAGAAAGACACGAGUACGAUUUCUACAUAGAGGCUAACCUAAGAACUAUCCAAACGCUAGAAACAAUCGCCAACAAAAUCGCUAAUAUGACACCUGAGGAGAAGGCAACGUUUAAGCUUCCUCCAGGUUUAGGUCACACUUCGGUCACCAUUUAUAAGAAAGUUAUAAGAAAGGUUUAUGAUAAGGACAGAGGAUAUGAAAUCAUUGAUGCUUUACAUGAGUAUCCUGCGAUUACAGUCCCAAUUGUAUUAAAGAGAUUAAAACAAAAGGAUGAAGAAUGGAGAAGAGCCCAACGGGAAUGGAAUAAAGUUUGGAGAGAGUUGGAACAGAAAGUUUUUUUCAAAUCCCUAGAUCACCUUGGAUUGACUUUUAAACAGGCUGAUAAAAAGCUUUUAACGGCUAAACAACUAAUUUCUGAAAUCAGCAGUAUUAAAGUCGACCAAAACAACAAGCGAAUUCAUCCAUUAACUCCAAAGGCUAAAAGUCAACUUGAUCAUGACUUUACUGAUCCGGAGGUUUUCUAUGAUAUUUUAAAUCUGGCGAUAGUAUUUUUAGAAAACAAUAAUACCUAUUCAGCACCUGAUAAAGAACGGCUGAAAGACUUCUUUAAGGGCUUUAUCUCAUUAUUUUGUUCUUAUCCAGUGCCACAAAUAGAAAAGGCGUUAGCCAAGAGAGACGCUGCAUCGUCGAGUCAAUCUUCAAACUCAAAUACAGAAACAUACUCCGAAAAGCAGCAAGAAGAUGGCGAUAUGAAGCUUCCUAAGAAACGUAAUCGUGAAGACUCUGACCGUUUGUUGAGAGAUGUCUUAUUUAGAAACAAACAACAAAAGGGCGGUAGAAACUCGCCCCGAGGAGAUUCAUCAAUUAGUGCCGAAAAGGAGUCUGAUAUGGAAGAAGAAGAAAUUAUUAGACAAGAAGCAAAGAACCCUUGGUUAUUAGGGAGUAUAGUUGAUGAAGCAGAUAAUCAUGGCCAUGUUGAAAACCGCAAGACAUUUAACUUGUUUGCCAAUACCAAUAUAUAUGUAUUCUUUCGUCAUUUGGCCACUAUUUAUGAACGAUUGGUUGAAGUGAAAAAGAUGAAUGAUGAAGUGACAAAAGAAAUAGCUAACAGAAAGGUUGUUCAAUUUGCCAAAGAUUUGAAUCUCAUUUCUACUCAAUUGACCGACAUGGGUCUAGAUUUUAAAGGUGAAGAUGCUUAUGAAAAAUUGUUACAGUUAUCAAGAAGCCUAAUUGCAGGCGAUCUAGAACACCAGUGGUUCGAGGAAAGUUUGCGGCAAGCUUAUAAAAAUAAGGCUUUCAAGAUUUAUACUGUUGAUAAAGUGAUCCAAGCUCUCGUUAAGCAUGCACAUGCAAUUAUCACAGACAAUAAGACUGUCGAAAUUAUGAUGUUAUUUGAAAAGGAUAGAACUAGUUUGUCAACUAGUACAAAAGAUCAAAUACUUUACCGUCUUCAAGUGAGGUCAAACAUGUCAAAUAUUGAAAACAUGUUUCGUAUAGAAUACAAUAGACUUACUGCGCAUGUCUGUAUCCAGUUUGUUGCUGUCGAUGACUUGACUCUUGAGGAACCAAAAUCUUUGAAAGAUAAGUGGCAAUAUUACCUCACGUCGUAUUCAUUGUCUCAUCCAACGGAAGGCAUUUCUCAUGAUAAUUUGAGAUCUCCAUUCUUAGAAAAAAUAAUUGAAAGUGAAGAAGAUAUUAUUGAAGAUAAGGAUGAAAAAUACUCUCCUGAAGGUGUUGCUACUUCUAACUUGAAAGUUAAAAUUGACCCAAUAACUUAUUCCAUGGAAGUUGAAUUCGGUUCUCAUGAUAUCUUUUCGAGAAAAGCUGUCAACAAGUUCCCUGUUAGGGUGGAUAUUAGGAAGAAAAAGUCAUCUGAGUUAAAGUUGGAGCUUGAACGGUUUUUAAAUAGUAAUAGUGGUUGGAAGAAAGAUCUCUCCGCUAAACAAAUUGCUGAAGUUGAAAAACGUUUGGAAUUUGUUAAGCUUAAUGGUAACUUGGAGGAGUAUUCAGAUGAUUCAGCCGUUGCAUCUACCUCUGCAGUAUCUGGUUCUGAUUUAGCGAAAGAGGAUAUCGCAAGAUCUCAAUCAGAAUCUACUGUUGUAUCGGCUUCUAUGGCUACUUGUGCUCAGUCCACUUUAAAAACAGAGAAAGACAAACCUGACUCCACUUUCACUGCUACUAAUAACGCAGAAUCAAACUAA